AUGGAGGAUCAUGAGGAUCUCGACGCAAGCAAUAGUCCUGAACUCAUCGAAAAGACUCAAGAGGGUACAGACCCACCAGCAAAGAAACCGGGAUCAAAAGCGAAAGGAAGAAAAAGGACGAAGACCGGGUGUUUGACAUGUCGAAAGAGACGCAUUAAGUGUGGCGAAGAGAGACCGACGUGCAGCAAUUGCACGAAGUCUAAACGGCAAUGUGAGGGCUACAACCAAAGAGUCGUUUUCAAAGACCCUAUGAAUGGCUAUAGACCGCCAGUACCACCCUUCUCUCAUAGUUCAUAUCAAAAUACGAGCUAUGGUCAACCAUCGGGUCGGCGAGAUUCGUACGCGCAAUCAGCAAGCGGACAAAAUCCACUCCCAAUUGCUCCGAAACCUAGCUCUUCUAGCGGUCCUGCGAUCAAGAUCGAGCAGACACCACUUCCCCAAUCUCAUGAGCGAAGAGCUAGUUCUACCAACGACAACUUACCAAGUCAAGCAGGACAGGGAGCUAGAUUACAACCUCGGAUCAAGGUACAGCUCCAAGAUAAGCCUCUUGAUGCCAGAGGUCAUUCUCACGUCUUAGAAAGGCAAUCGCCGAAUGACCAGGUAACUCAUUAUGAUUUCAAUGCUCUCGUGAAGCAAGGGAGUGGCACAAAUCAAUCUUACAGUCCGUCGCAAGCCACUUCGCCGGAUUGGUCCGCAGGCCCACAUUCAGCUGGAUCUUUUCAACCACCUUACUCGCCGCUCAAAUGGGAGCCUAUAAUUCAAACUCCAACCUCGGCAGGUAUUGAUGAGCAUAGAGCAUCCAUUGGAAGUUUGCAACCGCCCUAUCAGCCACAGCCGAAACAACAACCUCAGACUACGAGUGAAGCAAAUCGACAGCCGAGUUAUCCUCGAAACUGGCAGGGACACCAACAAGCCGCAGUAUAUCCUCCUCCAGCACCUAAUUGGAGUCUUGGUCAACCAGUUCCUCAGGACUGCCCAGAAGUGGACGAUGUUAAUGAUCCCUUCGAUGUGUCUGAAGAUGAUGAUUAUGAUAUGACGGAUGAACAUUUUGGCGUACUACACGACGAUCCUAACGAUACCCAUCUAAAGCGGAAUGAUCUUGGGAUUGUGGUUGCUGUGCAAGCUGGUCAGGACAAACAGGGGCUCAAUCUUCGCUCCUUCGUGUCAUUUAUUGAUCGACCUGAUAUGUUGGCCAACUACACACCCUCUUCACAGUCAACUCCUCUGAGAGACCCAAUGACGGCGAGGAUAUUUUGUCACUUCGUCAAUGUCACUGGGCCUUGCAUGUCUAUGUUUGAGAGACACCCAUCGAACCCCGGGUUGAUGUUCCAGGGAACACCAGUCCCGAAAUCACAGCAGCAUAUCUGGGCCUAUACAUUCCCCACACUUGCACUUAAUAACUCUGCGUUACUGCAUGCCAUGCUUGCAAUUGCAAGUUUACACAUAUCAAAGCUUCAAGGUGGACCCAUCACAGCAUCAUACAAGCAUUACGCACUCAGUCUCCGCCGAAUCGGCAAGAGCGUCGGUCUGCCUACACGACGAGGACAUCCUGCCACCCUCGCGGCUGCAUUGUUACUCGCCUUUUACGAAUGCUGGGCAGCUGAUCACCAGAAAUGGAGCAACCACUUACUAGGUGCAAAGCAACUAGUGAAAGAGAUUGAAUUCGCCGGAAUGACGAGGUAUAUCAAACGAAAGAAAGCACAGAAACGACAAGAGGUUAUCGAAAGACAACAUUAUGCAUAUGAUAACGGUCUUGAGUACGACUUUGACGAUCAAGAUCAUCUGCGAGCUCAUGAUGAGGUCGAUGAGAACGUUGUAGGAAUACUAUUGGGAAGGAAGGUUAGCUAUGAUGAAUAUGGCCAGAUUAUAGACGAUAGUAGGAAUGCGGAUAUCUGGGACAAGGAGUAUACGGAAAGAGAUCUGGAGAUUUAUGAGACGCAAAGGGACCUUUUCUGGUGGUAUUGUAAGCAGGACACGUACCAGAGUAUUCUCGGUGGAGGAAAGCUUUUUCUGGAGUACUCUUUCUGGAGUCAUUGCCCACCACGAGCGCCACUAGGUCGUCUCAAUGCCAUAUACGGUACAUUCGACCACAUGGUUCUGCUCCUCGGGCGUCUCGCAAAUUUCCAAGCCAAAGACAUCAAGAGAAAACGUCUAGCAAUGAAAGCCAACGGCGGUCGCUGGCAACCCCCAGAAUCCAUGCGAGCACAACAGCCUCCAGCAUCCCAACCGCCAAACAACGCCACUCCACAGACUCCUCCCCAAAUGCCUAACUUCACCGGCAUGGUCCCAGACGUACAAGAAGCUAAACUGCCCAUGGGAUUUGAACCAUCCAGAGAUUCGCCCACAAGCAACCAAAGCGAAGACACGGAUCUCCAGUCGCAGACCUACGCCGCCAACGAAGAAUGGCAAGAAAUCCGCGAUGCAUUCGACCUCAUCGAGAGCCGUUUCGGGGAAGACUUCCAAGCACUCGGCCCAGAGUUCUCCGCACCUAUCCAAACACCAUUCGGUCCUGCUUUACAGUAUAGAACGUAUGGCAUUGCGGGCAUAUGGAUGAACCUGUACAUGGGACUGAUAACUUGUUAUCGAUCACACCCCUCAAUGCCGCCUGCUGCUAUCAUGGCUGCUGGGAUUACAGCGAGACAGACUGCGGGCUUUGCGAAUCAGCUAGGCAGGAUUGCGGCAGGUAUUGCGCCAGAUUUGAGUAUGGCGACAGAAGUCAACCCUGGUGUGGGAGCGGCAUUAAUUGAGUCGUCGACUUGUAUGUUUGUUUCGGCUGUGCAGCUCCAAGACGCAUCCCAACGCGCCUGGACGAUCCUCCGCCUCCGCGACAUCGCCCGCCUAACAGGCUGGCAAACCGCGCUCGCCGUCGCCACAGGCUGCGAAACAUCCUGGAUCAAGAUGGGCGAGCUUGGCAAAGGACCCGUCUAUGUUCGCACAAAAGACGAGCGCGUCGUGCCUGAUAAUUGGGUGAAUAAGAGAAUGAUUGAUAGGGUGCUGAAGGGGAAGACCACUGAGGAGAGGAGGAUGCUGAUUGAGAAGGAUGACAGAGUGCAGUAUGCCCUCGGGGUGCUGGGACUUGAGGAGGACUUUGAGGGGAUGGAUUUGGAGGGAGGGAGGAGGCAGAGGUAG